GUUCAUGUGGUGAGCAAAGAACUAAUCCAUCAAGGUAUGCGCAUGCUGAAAUAUUUGCCGGUAAAUAUUGUGGACAGUGUGAUCACUUUUGUAGCAAACAUUAAAUUUGGUGAUCUCUCUCCAUUUGGAAUUCGUCGUCCAAAUAAGGGACCAUUCUAUCUCAAGGAAGCUGCUGGUCGGUCUCCAAUUCUUGAUGUUGGAACCAUUGCCAAGAUUAAAGACGGUUCAAUCAAGGUUAUCCCUUCUCAUAUAAUGAGAAUUGAGAACAACAAAGUCAUAUUUGGAAACAACACGGAGAAGGAAUUUGAUGCAAUUAUGUUUGCCACUGGAUAUAAAAGCGUGGCUAACAAAUGGUUGAAGGAUAAUUACAAGUAUGUUCUAAACGAAGAUGGAAUGCCAAAGAAUGCAUUUCCAAAGCAUUGGAAGGGAGAACAUGGAUUAUACUGUGCUGGACUUUCAAGAAGAGGCUUGUUUGGUGUCAAAUUUGAUGCUGAGGCUAUUGCUGACGACAUCAACCGAAAUCUUCAUUAUUGAUCAUUGUUUUUUUA